AUGGCACGGAUGCAAAGGGCCAGCUUUUGGUUUGGACGAAACUCAGUCGAGCUGGUCAUUGUGGAUGCUGAGGAUCUGAAGAACGAAGCGACCAGCAAUUUUCCACAAGCGGCCCAGCAGUUGCUUCAGAUGCAGAAUUGCUAUGACUGUGAGAAGGAGUGGCCCUUCGAAGAAGUCAUGGGCUUGGAGAAUUUGCUGAAGCAACUGGGGGAUGGCUGCGGGUUUGCCACUUACCUCAGCUGGCUGCACAAUGGCAGAGAUUCGCACGCUCUUGGACUCGGAAGCAGAAAAAAAGAGCGCAAGCAUGCUGCACUCUUGGCACUGUCAGUGGCUUGCCUUCUGGCGGAGGGGACGAUUUCCUGCCACCCUCCACUUUGCAAGCACCUGGCUGCGGCACGAGCGGCGCAGGUGAUUCAGCUGCAGCCAGAACCAGGACAACCAAAGGAGAGUUCUGAGAGUUGGGAGGAGUGGCGAGAUCGGCCAGAGGACGCCCAGGCCAGAAUCUUUGCCGAUGCCAAGAACUGGUUCUACCGAGCCGCAGGGGUGAACGAGGAGCCCCAGAGUGAAGAUCUCCCACAAAGACUGCAGCAGGACUUCCAAGAAAUUCUCCCCGACAUUUUUUACACCAACUUCUUCCGGCAUGGACGAUAUUCCGUCAUUGCCGUGGGUCGAGACGUGAAGCAUCGGACUCGCGCCGGGUGUUUGGGUCUGGCGGCGCUGAUUUGCCAGUCGAAGGUGGAUCAGAUGCAGUUGACCGAAGUCCAGCGGUUGGUGGUGGAUGAGGUCAGGAAGAGCGGCUGGUUUCCGCAGGAACCACUACAGCGCUUCUACGACCUUGAAAGCCGUGGCUUUUGGCAGAACAUGGAGAUGUGGAGCGGAUGCAAAGGGCAGGAAGUUCCAGUGUUCUCUAAGGAUGGUCUGAGUGACAUCCGCAUGAAUGCGCAACCAGCACUCCUGAAAUCCUUGGAGAACAAGCAAUGGGAGGAGAUUGAUCUCACUACUUCAGAUCACCCAUGGAUUGGGAUCAUCAAAGGGCACAGAGAAGAACGGGAGAAGUCCCUUUUUACAAGACCUGGAAUCAAGAGUUUCGCCAUUGCCUCUGACUGGAAUAAGCUCGACCCUCAUCAGUUGUGUCCCUUAAUUUUUUUCGUUGUCGAGACGCAUGAUGGACAGCGGCACACCUUCCACAAACUGGAGCGCACGGACGAGACGAUGCGCUCCAUCUGUUCCCGCAAAGACGAAAUCCUGGCCUUCCGCCAUGCGGCGGGAUGGGAGGUGAAGAAUCGUUGGCAGGCCUUCCAGGAGAACGUCUUCCAGAACCUGCUUCGGGACUUCAGGGAUGCGAAGCGCCCUGAUGGAUACCAGGAGGGCGACUUCCUCCCACCUGAGGCGACCGAAGCUUCUUUGCAUGCCUGGCGUCUUUCGGAUGAGCUGAAGAAAGACUUUCGCGACUGGCUUCACCAUGACCGCUCCAGCUACGAGGAGUUCGACGAGGUGCGCAGCCACUGCGGCGCGGAUGUCACGGAGACCUUCGACACGGCCGUGCAAGGCCUUUUGGAUGAGUUGAAGGGCAAUGACGAUCCUCAACAAAACUAUCAGGAAAGCCAUCAGCAAGAAACUGAACGAGGUGACCAGGGAGGAUUCCAGGGAUAUAGCGAGCUCACGAGACUUCAGAAGUCGAUGCUGCGGGCAGUACUGGACGAGAAUGCAACAUGGGACUUGGACCCUGCACGCUGUAAGGAUGCAGAGUGGGAAUUCCACGAGGCCAUUGAGUGGUGUCGCGCAAGCGACGAUGAUAUCCGCUUUGGCCAUGGGGAGGUCAGUGACCACUUCAUUCAUGGUCACGGUGCAGGUAAGUCUCUGGAUUCCUUGUUUCAAGAGCUUGUAGAUGGAACUGUGAAUCCCCACCGUAUACCGGCCUUGGUGGCUGCAAAGUACGAGGGCAAGAAGUAUGUCGUUUGCGGCAACCGGCGGCUGAAAUGCUACAAGGAUGCCUGGCACAGCGGACAUGACUGUUGGUUCAAAGUUAUCGUCCAUGAUUUCCCACGCUGUCCUGCCAUCAAGGAUCCCUUCCAGCGUCUUGCCUUCAUUGCGAAGGCUGUCUAUUCGGUCGACACAAAGAACGAUGGCCUGUUUCCUCAUGUCAACAAGAAGAGACGGAUGUACUGA